AUGACCACUCUGACAGAUAAUGACAUUGAGAUCGCCGCACGGGCCGCAGACAACUUCACGCGUCUAUACUACUCGACUUACGACUCGCCGACCCGUGUGGAUGACUUGCCCAACUUUUACCGACCAUCUUCUGCGCUGACAUGGAAUGGAACGCCAUAUCAAGGCUCCGAGGGCGUGCGCAAACUCAUCAGCUCCAUGCCCAUAACGAAACACGAAGUGCAGUCUUUCGACUGCCAUCCAAUACCAGGGAGCCAGCCACCGAACCUUCUCAUCACCGUGUCAGGCACUGUCACACACGGACGCGCACCAUCGGGCAAAUCGAGCAGGUCGGUUGACAGCCAGCCGCGCGUCUUCUCGCAAACUUUCAUGCUCGUCCCCGAUCCAACCGCACCGCCGUCGAAGACCGGAGAAGUGGCCAAAUACUAUGUGAACGCGGACGCGAUGAGAUUUGUUGGAUGA